UGUGAAUCACUCCAGGUACAUGACCUAAUUUUGGAGGGCCAACGGUGCCCACCUGUAAAAUUUCAGAAUCAAUGUUCAAUGGAAUAGGAGCGUAAGGUUGCAUUUUGUAAAAAUCGGAGAAGAUGAAGGGAUGGGUUGGUUCGUUUCUGGUGCUGAUAUAUAGCAGCUUUGUCGUAUCGCAAACAGAAGUUGCCAAAUGGUGUGCCAUAUCUGAGGCAGAGUUGCAGAAGUGUAAUGCGUGGAGCACAGCUGUACAAGCAAAACAAUACACUGGCACACCUAGACUAGAAUGUGUCCUUGGGGAGAAUAGCUUCGACUGCAUGGACAAAAUUUCAAGAUACACAGCAGACUUGAUGGCAGUCGAUGCGGGUGAUGCUUACUUUGCUGGGCGUUUCUUUAGUCUUGCUCCAAUCAUGGCAGAGGAGUAUAUUAAUAAGGAACAAAUGUAUGCUGUUGCUGUUGUAAAAAAGGGAACUAAUUUCAAUAUAAAAACACUGGCUGGUAAAAAUUCUUGUCAUCCAGGGAUAAACAGUGCUGCAGGCUAUGUGUAUCCCAUGGCACAGAUGUUUCAAAGCAAACUGAUCUCAGUAACUGAGUGUAAUGUGCAGCUGAAGUCAGUGGCCAACUUCUUCAAUGUAUCCUGUAUUCCUGGGGCACUCAGUACACACAAGAAUGUAUUUGGUGAUAACCCACCUGACGUGUGUAGCCUGUGUCAGGGACGAGGCAGUGACUUUUGCAUGUCAUCAGAUCCAUUUGGUGGAUUUGCUGGUGCAUUCCAGUGCCUUGCCAGUGGCAGAGGAGAUGUUGCCUUCCUAAGGCAUGCAGAUGUGCUGAAAUAUACCAGAGAAAAUCCAAAUUAUGCAGAUUCUGAUUUUGAGCUUCUUUGUCCUACUGUAUUGGAGUCUGGCGUUGAAGUCGAUCCUGUCCUGUUCAGGAGACCUGUAAGUGACUUCAGGCUCUGUAACUUUGGACAAGUCCCCGACAAUGUGGUGAUGACUGGCAGCAGGCGCACAACUGAAGCAAAAGCUGCCUUCAAAAGUCUGCUGUCCAAAUCUUCUAGAGAUUUCACAGUGUAUAUUCCACCCUCAACUGGCAUAGGCACUAAUGCCACUACCACCACAACCACACCCAGGCCAGGGAGCUUCAGAAUCUUCGAGUCCCGGGACUUUGGGGCAUAUGAUUUGUUGUUUUCUGAUGACACAAGGGCUCUGGCUGAUGUAGGCCAGCUGGAUACCUACUACGAAUGGCUUGGUGAUAAGUUCAGAGAAACAAGACAGAAGUUGAUUGUCUGUCCACUGCCAUAUACUCGAUGGUGUGUCAUUUCUUCUGAUGAAAUGGCAAAGUGCGAGCAGAUGAAGAUGAAUUUUGCUGCUAUGAACCUACGUCCCACACUGGACUGUGUCCGUGGAGACAAUGCCCGUGAUUGUAUGAGAAUCAUCAAAGAGGGAGAUGCUGAUAUCAUUAAUCUGGAUGCCUCUGAUGUGUACAUUGCAGGAAGGAAUUAUGGUCUUGUCCCAAUUGCUUAUGAAAACUUAGGAGAUGCAAAUACUGAUUUUUAUUAUGCCGUAGCAGUGUCAAGAAAAGUAGAUUCCACCACUAACUUAUUUAACCUGAAAGACAAGAGGACAUGUCAUAGUGGCAUUGGUCUUGCAGCAGGUUGGAUAGUUCCCAUGGAUAUCAUGUUGCAGACUGGCCAGCUCACUGUGGAUAACUGUGAUCUUUACGAGGCUCUAGGGCGAUUCGUCAGUCGCAGCUGUGUUCCUGGCAUCCUGGACCCCCUGUACAAUGUUAAGGGGACCAACCCCAUUAGUCUGUGUGAAGCUUGUGCAUCUGGUGGAAGGUACAAGUGCCAGAGGAACAGUGUGGAGUUGUACUACAGUGACACUGGGGCGUUUAGGUGCCUUGCAGAAGGUGGUGGAGAUGUGGCAUUUGUGAUGCACACCACUGUGCGUGACAACACGGGAGGCAAGAACCAGGCCGAGUGGGCCAGGAACAGGCGUGCUGAUGACUAUGAGCUCCUCUGUAAGGAUGGGACGCGUGCCUCCGUUGAUGACUGGAAAACAUGUUACCUGUCUAAAGUACCAGCCAGCGCAAUUGUAACAGCAGAUUAUAAAGAUGAAGAGACCAGAAAUCAUUACUGGAACCUACUUAAUUACGGGCAAUACCUUUUUGGCUCCGACAGGUAA